GAAAGUAGUCAAUAGAUCUGCAGCAGAAAUCUAUUCAGCAACAAAGUCAAAGAUGAACACAGCAACAGCUGUAAUGACUGUCAUCCUGCUCCUGUGUGCUCUUGCUGCACAGGGCAUUCCAAUCCCAGGUACUCAAGGACGGUGUCAGUGCCCUGAGAACCCCAGCUCCAACUUUAUCGCUCCGAGAACCAUGAAGAAUUUGCAAUACAUUCCCAAGGGAUCACAUUGUGAGAGACCAGAGAUAAUCAUCACCAAGAAAAAUGGGCAGAAAUUUUGUGUGAGCCCUGAUGCCAAGUGGGUGAAGAUGAUCAUUGGAUCCAAGAAAGGUUCCAGACCACAUAACUAAGAAUUGAGGCUGCAAUGGGAUUCACUUGAUUGCCCGCCCAGGGAAUUUGCUGUACAGUGAACACUGAAAUGAAGGAAGCUCCCUGUCGGGCAUUCACUUUCUGAUAUCACCAUUCGAUAUGUUGUUUCAGCAGUUCCCCUGCACUGAUUCUCUGAAACCUACUUCAGUGUUUAACCCUCUUACACUGUAGUUGUUUACACAGAGCCUAAGCAAUCAGGUUGCUUUUGCGAAAAUUUGUGCCAUGCUGGAGGUUUUCUUUUCAUGUAAUAUUGCAUGGGAUGUAAUAUGUAUAGUUAUUAUGAAUAUGAUCUGGCACUGUUACCAGAUACUAUACAACUGAAAGCAAUUUGUUAACUUUCUGCAUAAGUAUUGGAAAAUAAUUCCGAUCAUCAAAAGAUUCAGGUAGAUGAGGAAAUAAUAACAGACUUGUGAACUUAGGGAUGAAUCAAACUAAAGCAGAUCUGUUGGUUUUGAAAUGCUUUUGUUAUUAAGAUAAUUGGUAGAUUUUUUUCAAUAAUUUGAUUUAUUGACUGUUAGUAAGUUAUUUCAUGAAAUUUGUGAAUCACUGCCAAAGCCAGCACUUAUCCCCCAUUCCUUUAUGAAUGUGCUGGUAAGCUACUUUGUAGAACUGUUGCAGUCCUUGUGGCUCUAAAGAUAGGAAAGAUCUGAUGGCAAAAUGGAUGAUGGUGCAAGGCAAAAUAGACAACAAUUGGGCAAGUAAAGGGGCAAAAACUGUGUUUUGAAGAGGUGCAAAUGGGAAAAUGCAGAGCAGAGAACAAAUCGCUACAGUCCAACCAGAUGGUGGAGGGGCAGGGAUUGUGAUUGGAAACUGUUUACAAUAGUAUUGGUUCUGGAGAGUGUAAAGUGGCCUGUCAAAAAUUGAGGUAAUGUUUCUUGAGUCAAUACUGACCUGUAUUGGAACAAUGCAGGAGAAUAUGGUCAUAGUGUUUAGAGUGGUAAUAUAGAAAUACUGUCGUGUGACAACAGAGAUAGCAAAAAUUGCAGAUGCUGGAGUCAGGGAUAACAAGGUGAUGAGCUAGAGGAACACAGCAGGCCAGGCAGCAUCAGAGGAGCAGGAAAACUGACAUUUUGGGUCAGGACACUUCUUCAGAAAGACCCUUCUGAAGAAGGGUCCUGACCCAUAACGUCAACUUUCCUGCUUCUCUGAUACUGCCUGGCCUGCUGUGUCCUUCCAGCUCCAUACUGUGUUAUCUCUGUCAUGUGACAUUGCUUCGAACUAAGUUAUAAUCCAAAUUUAAGCCAAUGGUUCUUUUGCUGCUGAAAGUCUGCAUGUCCUACAUGAUAUAUUGAUGGCAAACUAUAGCUAAAGACUUUGAAUUGUUGACUAAACAUACGUUAUUUCCAGUUUCAAUGAAACCUUUCAUGUCAAAAUUCAAGAUCAAUUGAUUGACAUUAACAUUGCCACGACUUUACUGUAGUGUUUAUCAAUCGCUGAACAUUUCAAGUAAACCUUGGGACUUUGUUGAUAUACCUCAGGAUCUAUCCAAAGCUGAAGUCUGUGGAAAGAAAGUGUCUGUAGAAAUGAUGCGCAUGUGAAAUACUUACAUUUUGGGAGAUAUUGCUGCUUAUCAUGUAAUGUUAACAGCAAGUAAUGAUAUUUCAUUACUUCAUCGCUGUGAAGGGUCCUUUUUGUACUGAGAGACUGUCAUCCUGGAAUUAUGUUGACUGCAAGUUUCGGAGGGAAAGUUGUGUUUUGAAUGUGAGUGUCACUCAGAGAAAUUGCUAUAUGUAUCUGAAUUAUAUGUUUGUGAAUUGUCUGAGGUUUUUGUAACGUUAUCCUUAAGUGUAUUUAAAUGACUAAAAUAAACAAGAUUUCAUGAAAAA